CGUCUUCUUCUUUUUCUUUUUAUAUCUUCAUCUCUGAUUUCUUUUCUAUCUGUGUCGGCGAAUGUAUUCUGUAGGAUUCUGUAGUUUGUUGUUAGAAGUAAGCUGUUUCUCUUAUGUAUACUGGUGUACACCCUAUGAUCCUAUUAAUCACCCGCAACUGGUACCAUGUAUACAUAAUAUCACGCCUAUUGGAGAUGUUAAUGCCCGAGUCAUCGCCGAGAAGUUCAUUUAUCCUUACGUAACCUGUAUGGGAAACGCUUAGAACCAAGCACGACCAAACAUACCUUCUCAUCCUGACAUGUCCUUCAUUCGUUAUGUGCGGAACAUCCGCAGAACAGGAAUCAAACAAUGGUGGCACCAAUUGCAGUACAUUGGAGAUGCAAAAGCUGGAACGCUCAUCGGAACCGACCAGUUCGGUAACAAGUACUUUGAAAACCUGAACCCGGACGAUGAAAUUCCAGGGCGUCAUAGAUGGGUUGAUUUUGCUCAGCAUUACAACAACGCUACCCAAGUCCCGCCUGAGUGGCAUUCGUGGCUAUCGCACAUCCGGUUACAACCACCUACGGAGGAUGCUGUCUUGCAGAGCAUGACUCCGCCAUGGAAAGCGCCCUGGUCAGAGACCCUGACGGGUACAAGAGGCGCAUAUCGGCCGUAUAACACGGUGAAGCCCAAGAUCAAUGCUUGGGAGCCGAAAGUCAUAACACGGGGCGAGGCACAUCCCUAGGUCAAUUGUACGGAGCCAAGUCGUUCUAUAUAUACCACGUC